GCUGUCAAACACAGGCUAAGGUUUGGAUAACAGCCGAUGUCCUCAGUCGCCGUCCUGCAUCGCUCCGAGCGACGUUUAUUCAGCCACAAAACAAGAAAUCCUGGCCAAUGGCAUUCAGGAAGGCUCUGAAACGGACGGCGAUCAUAGGGGGUGGGGCGGUCGCCACGGUUUUUGGCCUCUCGCACCUAAUUGAGUACAGGAAGACGCAGCAUGGAUUGGCUCGGUUAGCCCACGUGGCAGCAGAAGCAGAGCUGAAGGUUCCCUUCGCGGACGAGCUUCCCUCUCGCCAGGCCCAGCUCUCCGCGCUGAGAACCACCGAGGAGUUUGACGUCCUGGUAGUCGGAGGAGGGGCCACGGGUGCAGGAUGUGCCUUAGACGCUGUCACACGCAACCUAAAGACUGCCCUUGUAGAGAGAAGCGACUUCUCCUCGGGGACGAGCAGCCGGAGUACCAAGCUAAUCCACGGUGGAGUCCGUUACCUUCAGAAGGCCAUCAUGCAGUUAGACUACGAACAGUACAUGAUGGUGAAAGAGGCCCUCCACGAGCGAGCCAACCUCCUGGACAUUGCACCUCACCUAUCCGCGCCACUACCCAUCAUGCUUCCUGUUUACAAAUGGUGGCAGUUGCCUUACUACUGGGCAGGGAUCAAGAUGUACGACUUGGUGGCUGGGACUCAGUGCCUGAAAAGCAGCUACGUGCUCAGUAAGACCAAGGCGUUGGAGCUGUUCCCCAUGCUGAAGAAGGACAAGCUGGUGGGAGCAAUCGUCUACUACGACGGGCAGCACAAUGACGCCCGUAUGAACCUGGCCAUCGCCCUUUCUGCCUCUCGUUAUGGCGCCGCCAUCGCCAACUACACCGAGGUGGUUCACCUACUGAAGACAAAGGAUCCGCAGACCGGCAAGGAGAAGGUGCGUGGCGCCCGCUGCAGGGACGUCAUCACAGGACAGGAAUUCGAUGUGAAGGCCAAGUGUGUGAUCAACGCCACUGGACCGUUCACAGACUCGCUGAGGAAGAUGGACAACCAGGAAACCACAAACAUCUGCCAGCCCAGUGCUGGAGUUCACAUUGUCAUCCCUGGUUACUACAGUCCUGACAACAUGGGUCUACUCGAUCCGGCUACAAGCGACGGACGUGUCAUCUUCUUCCUGCCCUGGGAGAAGAUGACCAUCGCCGGCACGACCGACACCCCCACCAGCGUGACCGCUCACCCAAUCCCGGGGGAGGACGACAUCAACUUCAUCCUGAGGGAGGUUCGCAACUACCUCAGCCCUGACGUAGAAGUACGCAGAGGAGACGUGUUGGCGGCGUGGAGCGGCAUCCGUCCCCUGGUGACCGACCCCAACUCCAAAGACACUCAGUCCAUCUGCAGGAACCACAUCGUCAGCAUCAGUGACAGUGGACUGGUCACCAUCGCUGGUGGGAAGUGGACUACCUACAGGUCCAUGGCUGAAGAAACUCUGGAUGCAGCCAUCAAAGCCCACGGCCUCUCAGCUGGGCCCUGCAAGACUGUUGGUCUAAUGCUGGAGGGGGCAAAGGGCUGGACUCCGACCCUCUACAUCCGCCUGGUGCAGGACUACGGCCUGGAGAAUGAGGUAGCACAGCACCUGGCCUCGACAUACGGUGGAAAGGCGUUUGACGUGGCAAAGAUGGCUCAGGUCACAGGGCAAAGAUGGCCAAUCGUCGGGAAAAGGCUGGUGUCUGAGUUUCCUUACAUUGAGAGUGAGGUGCUGUAUGCAAUUAAGGAGUACGCCUGCACCGCCAUUGAUGUCAUCGCCCGACGAACACGCCUGGGCUUCUUGAACGUGCAGGCGGCCGAUGAAGCCCUCCCACGCAUCGUCCAGAUCAUGGGGAAAGAGCUAGACUGGAGUCAGGAGAGGAAGACAGCAGAGCUCGAAGCAGCUAGGAAGUUUUUGUAUCAUGAGAUGGGUUACAGGUCUCGCUCUGAGCAGCUGACCAAGACGACUGAGAUCAACUUAGACUACCAGGAAGUAGUCAGAUACAAGAAACGUUUCCAUAAGUUUGACAAAGAGAGCAAAGGAUUCAUCACCACUGUUGAUGUCCAGCAAGUUUUGGAAAGCAUCAAUGUCCACAUUGAUGAAAAUGCGCUCCAUGAAAUCCUUAAUGAGGUGGACCUCAACAAGAACGGACAAGUUGAAAUUGAUGAAUUCCUGCAGCUGAUGAGCGCCGUGAAGAAGGGACAAGUGUCAGACAGCCGCCUGGCCAUUCUCAUGAAAACGGCAGAGGAGACUCUGGAGAAGAGAGGCCCGGUGACAGUGGACCGAAGCGGGGGUGGAGUCUGAGCUGGAGACGAGGAGGAUUUCAGGGAUGCCAAGAAAACCUUCAGCUGCUUCUUCUUUAAAGGUGGUAAUGGG